AUGUUACCUCGCUCUGAUGAUGUCCGUCAUAUGACGGACAAAAGCUUAGCACCUUUUCACCGGAAUCGAAGGAUACCACUUCAGAAACAGCGUCAGCAUGAAUGUUCCAGUAAAGAUAAUCGAGAACUGGUCAAGAGGAAUCCGCCGUCGUCUUCUGGUGGAGCCGACCUACGAAUCUCUUCACUCAACACUUCCACUCGAAAUGGAACUUUCAAUUUUGACAUGUCAUCAUUAUACCACCACAGUUCUGGUUCGACUGUCGUUGAGGAUGCUGAUGAGACCAGAUGA